AUGGCUCCCUGCAGCAAAAAGGACUUAGAACAAAAACUGAAGCAAGCCCUUUUUGAACUACAGGCGUCUCAAGAAGAAUGCAAGAAGCUUCUAGAAGAACAUGAAGAGAGUGAGGCAGAAGUAAUUAAUGUAAAUAAUAGAAUACUGUCUUUAAAGAACGAGCUCACCGAGUUAGAUGGUCGGUAUAAGGACUUGCAACACCAACGGGACUACUUACAAUCCGUGAUCAACUCACAGGAUGAAUGUCGAAACAACCAUGAGGCUGCUCUAAAUCGUAUCAGAGAACUAGAGCAACAGGUUGCUAUAGCCUACAAUACAAUAAAAGCUCAUGAGGACGAACAUUCCAUCAACGAGUCACAACAAACUAUGGCGUUAUACAAUGAGUUAGUCCGUGGAGAAAAUUGCCAAAAUAAUGAGUCCAUGACCAUAGAUCUUACCUCAAUGAGUGAUAAAUAUAGUGAUGAUGAUGAAGGUUGUGAAGAAACACAUAAAUUGAGACAAGAAAAUUGUGAGCUCCAACGCCAAUUAGCACGUUUACAGCAAUUAUAUGGGAAUGCACAGAAGGAAAUCACUGAACACAUCAAGGCAACAGAGUCCCUGGUUAUUAAUACGGAACGGCUUGAGUCUCUGGUGCACGACCGAAACCUGGAGCUGGAAACACUCCGCGCCAAAACAAGCAGCGAGUCUAGCGAGGAUUUGCAGCGCGGGGGGUUGGUCGUAAUUUCUGGAGCCUCACCGUCCACUAGCGCCGCAUGUACCACGCUGCGCGAGACCGCUCCGCGAGUGAUGUGCGACACCGCACCGCCCAACAACGAGCCGCCGUGUGCCGCGCUGCCGAGUGUCGCGCCGGCCGGUGAUGUGCCGCCGGGAGCCGAGCCGCGGAGGGUCAGAGUCCGCGGAGCCUCGAGGCGCGGGGCGUCAGCGGCAGUGCCGCCUUCCGCGGCGCAAGCGCCUGCGGCGCCCCCGCCCGCUGCGCCGCCAGUAAAUGGACAUGAACUGACUAAUGAUGUCUCCAGCAAGAGCGACGAUACCGAACUAGCUGCACUUCAAUUUGAUGAUCGUUUCGUAACAUCACCUGUAAAUAUACUACGCCCCGUCAACACCUCUCGAGUUGUGACUAGAUGCACCCUUCCCAGGAAUACGUCGAAUUUGCAUAAGAGGUACCUGCAGAAACAAAAACGAUGGUGUAGGGAGAAAGCUGCAAAACUCAAGGCAAUCAAAGUCAACUUCUGUAAAGAAAAAUAA